CGUGAUUAUAAAAAUGAAUAAUCAAAUGGAACGUCCUAAGGAUCAUAGUCAUAUUGCCUACGGAGAUGAGCAUCAUAGUCAUCUGCAUGAUCAUGAUGUUGGAUUACGACAUGAUAUGCAUGGCGAAGGUCAUCAUGAUGAACAUCACGGUGAAAAGAAGUCUGUGCUGAAGAAAGUUAAGGCUAAGGCCAAGAAAAUUAAGGAGUCCAUUAAAGAGCAUGUUGGACAUGGACAUGAAGUAAAUGAAGAUGACGAAGAUGAUGAAAUGGAUACGGACCCUGAAAUACAUGCAGGACAAGAGGGAAUUGCAAAGCACCAUGAACUAAGAAUGGGAGAUAGAACUACAGGUGAACGCGCCACAGUGGUCGGCAAGCCAGGUAGUUACCAUACAUUCAAUCCUACCACUGCCACUGCCAAUACGCCCGAACAGGUUGCAACUAUGGAUAGGUUGAGGAUUGAUGCUUUAAGACCGAAAGGGUCCGAGGAGCAACCUUUUGCACCGAUGAAUACUCCUAUUGUUACUAACAUGUUAUUAGGUGGAGGUCAUAGUACUGGAGCUUUGGAGGUGGGGAAGAAAGGACCUCCUGCAAAAUUUGGAGCCGUGAUCGAAAAACCAACAGGUGUCGAGAUAGAUCCUCGUGUUGUAGAGGAAGAGCGUCAUCCCGAUAACUAUCAGGCAAAAGUUGCAAAUCCCACAGCCGCUGCUGGAUUUGGUUCUACUGCUGCCGAAAGCUUGAUGCCUGAGCUACAUAGAAGUAAAAUGGGUGAAAGGACUGCAACGGAAGGCCCGACUCAUGUUUCAGUUUGCAAGCCGCAAGGAGAUUAUCAGACCUUUGAUCCAAGUACUGCAAAAUAUGUUCCUGGUCAAGAAGAGACUUUAGGGUGGUCUAGGACUGAUCCUGGAAGGCAGAACCUUAACAAGGCGGAUGAACAGUUUGAUGGGUCAAAGAAUGCACCAACUUCAGGUUAUUCAGCGGGACUUAGUUCUGGAUUUGAAGCAGAGAGGGACCCGAGGAGUACUGGAAUGCGCAAUCUUAACAGGUCGGAGGAAAAUUUCAAUGCAGCGAGGAACGCACCUACUGUGCAGUAUUCAGAUUCAGGUGGAGUUCAUAGUGCUGGAGUAAAAGCAGAGAGAGACGCGAGGAAGCUUGAAGGUUUCCUUGGGAAUCCAGGAUUCUUGGAGAAGGACCCUAAUGGUCCAAGAGGUGCAGGGGAUAAAAUUCACCCUGGAAAUUACGAGUCCAAAGUUACCGACCCAACCGGCAAGGGUGGUGAGGAAAUACGGGACAGUGCAAUCUUGCAUCAGUUUGACAGGAUGAAUAUCGACGAUGGAUCGCAGCAAAAUGCAAGAAUCGGCCAAGAUGAGAUCAUAUUCAAGCCGCAUCAUAGUGCGUGCAUAUCGACUGGAAGCCAUGAUCAGUUUUCUCCUGAGCCAGUCACAUCUAAGACGAACACAUUUGUAGACACCCCGGGAUUUGGAUUCCAGUUAGGUUCCAGAAGCCCAGGCACCGAGAGAUUGCACGAUGAAUCGGGACAAAAGCAAGGAAGCUACACCGAUAAGAUAUCGUCUGCAGCUACAAUGAUGGCUAAGAAAGCAAAGGAAGCCACAAGCUCUGCUACGUCCAAGCUAGGCUAUGGUGGUACUGAGACUGAGCCAGGAGGCUAUGGGAGUGUUUCAGCAACUAUAGCCGAGAAAGCAAUGCAAGCCAAGGAUGUUGUAGCUUCAAAGCUAGGCUAUGACAGGUCCCACAAGGGGCAUCAGUCGACUGAGGGUAGUUAUGGUGACGGGAUGUCGAAUGUCAAUGCCCUUGUCUCUGAUAAGGCUGUACAAGCAAAGGAUGCAUUAGCCUAUGGAGGGACACAAGUGGGGCAACUCGUACAAGAAGGAAUAUCCAAGGGCGGGUUAGUGGCUGGAACCGUGAAAGACAAUAUAGUCGUAGGUUGUGGUAAAGUGGCGGAUGCAGGGUUCACGAUGGCUUCGAAAGUGCACGGUUCCGUGGAGCAAGGUUCUGGGGUGGGGCAUGAAACAGGUAGUACCGGGGCUGACAAGGGGGUAUCGGUGAAGGAGUAUUUGGUAGAGAAACUGAAGCCGGGGGAAGAAGAUAGGCUAUUGUCGGAAGUUAUUACUGAAGCUUUGCCCUUACACAAGCGCAAGGAGGAUGUAGGCAAAGGAUACGAGGAAAGAGAAGGGAGAAGAGUAGUGGUGAUAAAAGGACGAGUGACGGAGUCGGAUGAGGUAGCAAGACAGUUCGGAAGGAGUGAGGAAACGAGUUACGAUAAUGCUGGUCCAGGGUUAGCUAGUCCCGGAAAGGGUGUAAUGGACAGAAUAUAUGAAGCUACCAGUUCGUGGUUCCAGAAAAGCGGCGAUCAGUCAGAAAAUGAUGCUGCAAAAGCAGGAAAUGAAGCCUCUCUCGGCACAGAGCGUGAUAAGUAAAGUGAAGAUCAGUAAAGUGAAGAUCUCAGAUUCGAAGAUUCUCGACUCUUGAUUCUGGUGUUAUUUAUGAUGGUCAGGAUAUGCUGUUACAAAUUUAGUAGUUUAAACUUUUGUGACUGUUGGAUGACAUACAAUGUACUUAAUACUUUAAAAACACAAUGAGUUGUUGACGUUUUUAAGAGUUGAUGUUUAUCAGUUAUCAGUUAUCACUGG